AUGUCGAGCCGCCAAAACGACGCCGGAACAGCCCCAAUUCCCAACGCGAACCACCAUAUCCACGAGUCGAAAAGUCUGGAUGUGCAAGUUCGACUUCAGUAUCUCAAGGACGACCCUAUCUACUCGACACAGAAGCCCCUACAAAUCACCCCCAACUUCCUCGACAAGGAGCAUAAGACGAACGUCCAGCUGGCACCGGGGGAAGUGGAAACUAUCAGCGAUGUGCGAGGCAAGGAACAUCAAUUCUCUCUCGACGCCAACGGCUUCCAAUAUGUCCACGCCCCCACCCAAUUCAAGGAUUGGUCUUCGCAGCCCAAGAUUGCUCACGACUAUCUGCCCGAACUAGAGUCUCUGCUCCGCAAGGAGAUUGAUGGAUGCGACGAGAUCAUGUUCUACGAUGCCCGAAUUCGGCACUCGGACGAUGCCGGCCUGCGAGUCGAAGGCUUGAGCUACAAUCCCUUCGCUAAGCAGGUGCAUACCGACAAUACCGAGAAGAGCGUGCUCAUGAAGAUUCGAAACCUCUGCGAGAUUAAAGCAGAUUGGCUCCUGAAGGGCCGCGCUCGCAUCAUUAACAUUUGGCGUCCGAUCAAGCAUCCCGUGUACGACUGUGGAUUGGCAGUGGCCGAUGGCGGAAAGCUACGGCAAGGUGACAUCCUGGAAUGUGACCGCCAUCGCCAAGACACCGGAGAAUUCUGGGAUACCAUGGGCGUCGUCAAAUAUAGAUCCGGCUUCGACUGGUACUACAUGUCCCUCCAAGACGAACCCGACGUGCUUCUGUUCAAAAACUACGACAGUGCAACGGAUGUAUCAGCCCGCACUUGUCUUCACACUGCUUUCGAUCUACCGGAGGUGCCCUCGGGAUCUCCGACCAGGGAGAGCAUCGAGGUGAGAGCACUCAUCUUCACCUAUCCCGAAGGGGCACGGCGGCCUUCAGCGCAUUGGUCAAUGCCUCAUCCUCUGGCAGAGAAGCUGGAGCAGAGCGACCUACAGCGUGUGGAUGUCCAUCACAGCAUCAUGGCAGGACACGUGCGCCACGACAUCGACGAAGGGAAUGAGGUCCCGGACGCCGUGUCUCUCUUGAGACGCCGGCACACGCAGGCGCUACAGGCAGAACGCGACUCACUCAAAGAGCAAGUCGACAUCCUCACGAGACACUCGGAUGCUCUACAAAAGCAGGUCUCGGGAUUGACGAAGCGGCUGCAGCAGAACGCGCCAGAUUUGAGGGAUGAAGUACAGGGCUUGGAAGCACAGCUUGUCGACUUGCGCAUGCAAUCGAGGAUGGCUCCAACCGACAACUUGGGAUUCGCCUCAUGCGCACCUGACGAAUGGACCAUACUCUCGCAGCAGCUCGAAAGAGCAAACCGAGAAGCAGAGGUCUGGAAAGCCGAGGCCCUGGGCCAUGGAUAUCAAGCCGUCAGUCGGGCGUGGCAAAGUAGUGUAGAUGAAGCUGUUCGGCGCGAGCGGCAGAAAGAUGCCGCUGUCAUUGACGGCCUUCGAGCGCGGAUCAGGCGUCUCGAGGCUGAGGUCACAGCUCCAGGUCUCUAG